GCUGCGAGUACGCCUUGUGAUGCGCCGCGCGCUUUGACGCGAGAUGGCCUCGUCCACGAGCGGCAACAUUGUCGUCGAGUGGUUGCGAUCGCUCCAUUUGGGACAAUACGCGGAGAGUUUUAUUGACAACGGCUAUGAUGACUUGGAAAUAUGUAAGCAAGUCGGGGAACCAGAUUUGGACGCCAUCGGUGUUCUUAACCCCGCUCACCGGCAAAGAUUGUUACAUUCCGUGCGAAGUUUGAGGGAAGAGGGGGCAGCGGCUGUUUACUUUACUUUGGAAGAGGCAGCCUCUACCCGCGAUCCCUGCCGGUGCGAGGAAGAGGUUCGGAAAGAGCAAGCUACGGCCACAGUGGAACCAGCAAAAUAUGUGGACGAGUACGAAGAAGGUAAAGCGGAGUUAGUGAAGAUCCCGCGCAUCCAGCUGAAGCGGCUACUACGCGAGCGCCUCGCCCAGGAUGGUAUCCGGCUCAGCCUGCAGCCCUACUCCACAACGGAUGGUGACCGAGGGUACUUGGAAGGUCUCGCGUCUCGAUACGCGGAUCUAUUCUCGACGCAUUACGGCGACGUACUCGAUCACCUGGAGGAAUUACGUAGACACGAGUGGGAGGAGAUGUCACCUCGAAUGCGGGUCCUCGGAGGUCCUGGCACGCCGCAGACACCGCCUUCCGCCAGCCCUGGGUCUCUCGCAUUGAACAAUCUCACUACAUCUCAUUCUCAACCGAUUUAUGUGCCUGGAAAGUAUUCGCCUUCAAGCUGCCUCACCGACAAAGAGGAGGACGAGAUCUAUGGCUUCGGUUACGGUGUCUUCGGCAAGCACAUGCUGCAGCGGCAACAGCAGCAAAAGCAGCUGCUGUUGGCGCAGCCCAACCAACCACUCAUACACAAUCAACAACAUAAUUACCAAAGUUGCCUCAGUCCGCGGUCGGCGUAUUUUUAUGAAUUCCCGCCCAGUGUUUUCUUUUCCGUAGACAAUUGUCUCGGCACUGCAAAGAAAAAGGUGACGACAUUUUCCCGUCUCCUCCGAGGUUUGAAGUCCCACAGGAAAGAAAAGCAUGGCUCCUGUUCGCCGAAACAUUCCCACAGCCCAAGACAAGUACUUCCUCCUCAGAGGGUCGACACCCCGGACAGCGUGCUACAGAGUGGGUUGGGCCUUGGGCCCGGACCCGACACGGCCUUGAGGUCUAUGGUUGACCCCAAGGACUAUGACCGCCUCCGCUUUUUUCAAAUGAACGCCGCCCAACCAAACACCUUUGAAGAGACUAUACAUAGGUUGAAGGUUCAGGAAGCGAUGAAGAAGAAAGACAAACUGGCGAGAGAACAGGAAGAGAUUUUGAGGGACAUUCGACAUGGUCUAAUGAACAUGGGAAGAGACGGCGUACGUGGUCCUUUCGGAGACGACACGUAUAUGUACGACGACGAGGCCCGGGGCCUGUCCGGACGAGGGCACUGGUACGACGAGCCGCCCUACGAGAGCGACCCCGAAGACUUUCUCAUGGGCGCCGGAGCACCCGCGGCAUCUUUCCAAAAUGGCCGAGUUUGCUUCACGCUUAAUCUAAGGAACGAAUCUAGAGGUGAAGGCGUGAUAUCGUUGCGGAGCGCCGGUGACAUCAGUUUAGCGAGAACCCCUCGACGUGGAUUAAUAAUUCCACAAAGCGGUCCUUAUCCGACUACGGUCAUCCCUCUACAUACUGCGAGGGAUCGUGAAAGCGGGGAUUACGCCGCAUCUGACAUUCAAUCGAUUGGUUCACGAUUAUCCGGAAUUUCGUUAGAAUCAAGUCGAUCGGAAAGGGACAACAGAAGAGGUUACAGACAGAUGUCGGGAUACCGGAUAGGGAUCGAUCCUUUAUCACCUGCUUCAUCCGAUUAUGAGGAUCAAGAAAGUGAAACGGAUUCUCAGCACAUAGCCACGGUGCAUAAGUCUGCUGACGAGUGCGAGGGUGUCUCAAAUUUAGCAGGCAAAGUGAGAGGUCUCAGGCAAGACGUUCAAAGAAAAAUAUCAAGGUUAAGGCAAGAAAGAGGUCCUGAUACCAUCGAUAGACGGACGAGUGGAGACCAAGCCUUUCCAUGCUCUAAUAGUUCUUUUGAAAGUCUUCCCAGCGGAUCCGGCAGUAGCACUCAGGCAUUGGUUCGCGCCGGUAGUAAUCACUCAUCUCUCUCGGCAGAAGAAAACAUAGAAUUAAGUCCGGCCGGGCGGAGCUUACUGGUACCGCAAAUGCUGUGCAGAGCGCGGGCGCUGGUCGAUUACGUGCCCAAUAUUUAUGAGAAAGACGCUCUGAGAUAUAAGAAAGGUGAUAUCAUUGAGGUGAUCAAUAUGAACGCCUCGGGUAUUUGGCGAGGCGUUUUAAAUAACAAAGUCGGAAAUUUCAAGUUUGCCAACGUGGAAGUACUCUCGGACAGAGAUACCAUGAGGUCAAGGUCAUCGAAAUGGUGUAAAAGUCGCGAAAGACUCUGGGAGACGCGACCGAGAACAGUAGAGGAAUUACUCAAAAGGAUAGACUUGCCGGAAUACACUUUGGCCUUUGCUAGAAACGGUUACGAAGAUAUCGAGCUGUUCAAAGAGAUCGAGCCAUCGGAUCUGGACUACCUCGGCAUCAUGACGCCCGAGCACCGCACCCGCAUCCUCGCCGCCGUGCAACUGCUGCACCAGCUUGAAUGUGGCGAAGCCGAAGGUGAAGGCGGUGGGUCUAGCUCUGAGGGCGGGGACUCGCCGUUCGGACGUAGGCAGUUCCCGCGUGAUUCUGGCUGCUACGAGGCGAGCGUGGGGGUGGGCGUAGGUGGCGUGCGAGUGCGGACUUCGCCGCUGGUGCACAGGGUGGACGAGCCUUCGCACCGGCCGCCGGAGCCAGCGCCACAGGCCAAGCGCUCCAUCCGACGCCGGCAGCCGGACGAGGCGGAGUGCGAUAGGAUCGAGCGCUACCCAGGCUCGGGCGCAGAGCGGUCGGUAGUGCGGGGUGGGGGGCUUCCCGGUGGCUCCCGGGAUGACACAUGCGAGACCGACCACAAGCUGAACGUGGUGAAGUUCGUGGCGGGCGGAGAGCCGUGCGCGUCAGAGAAGAGCAGCGAUUCGGGCGUGAGCAGCUCAUCCCUGAGCUCGGCGCACCCGCACCGCACUUGAGCUCGGCCCGCCGCGCCCGCGCUGGCGUAGACGCU